AUUUCAUUUUAUUUUUUAAAUAGACACGAGAGUUUUUAAAUAAAAUAUAUAUAUAAUGGAAAAUUUAGCAGAUUAUUUAGGUUUUGACCAUGUUACUUUUUGGGUUGGUAACGCUUUACAAAGUGCCGUUUAUUAUAAUGCAAGAUUUGGUUUUGAAAAUGUUGCCUACAGUGGUUUAGAAACUGGUAACCGUGAGUAUGCUACCCACGUUGUUCGUCAAAAUGAAAUUAUUAUGGCCUUCACCUCACCAUUAACUGGUGACAAUAAAGAUUAUGCUGAUCACAUGAUGAGACAUGGUGAUGGUGUCAAAGAUAUUGCUUUCAGAGUUAAAGACGUCAAAUUUAUUUAUGAUGAAGCAGUCAAGAAUGGUGCUAAAUCAGUCAAAGAACCACACCAAAUUAAAGACGAACAUGGUACUGUCACUUUAGCUACCAUCAUGGGUCCAUAUGGUGAAACAACUCACACCUUCAUCGAUAGAAGCCAAUACAAAGGUGCUCAUUUACCAGGUUUCUCAUAUAAAGUUACUUCAGAUCCAUUAUCUAAAAUUACCGAACCAGUUGGUCUCAACAUUGUUGACCACGUUGUAAGUAACCAUGCCGAUCAACAAAUGACUCCAGUUGUUGAAUGGUACGAAAAAGUAUUAAAGUUCCACCGUUUCUGGUCUGUUGAUGACAAAACCAUCCACACUGAAUACUCAUCAUUAAGAUCAAUUGUCGUUUCAGAUAGCAGUGAAAAAGUUAAAUUACCAAUCAAUGAACCAGCCAAUGGUAUCAGAAAGAGUCAAAUUCAAGAAUACGUCGAUUUCUACAAUGGUGCUGGUGUCCAACACAUUGCCCUUAAAACUGACAACAUUAUCGAUUCAAUCAUUCGUUUAAGACAACGUGGUGUUCAAUUUUUAACUGUUCCAAAAACUUAUUAUGUUUCACUUAGAGAAAAAUUAGCCCAUGCCCCAAUUACUGUCAAAGAAGAUUUAGAUAAAUUAGAAGAACUCCACAUCCUCAUCGAUUAUGAUGAUAAAGGUUAUCUCUUACAAAUCUUUACCAACAAUGUUGAAGAUAAACCAACCGUUUUCUUUGAAAUUAUCCAAAGAAACAACCAUCAAGGUUUCGGUGCUGGUAACUUCAAAGCUCUUUUCGAAGCCAUUGAACGUCAACAAGCUGAACGUGGUAACCUCUAAAUUUUUUAUUAGGGUUUAUUCAAUUAUUCACCAUAUUUAUCUACAUCUUGUAUCAUCAACAUUAUAUUAACAAAUUUUGUUGAAAUCCCCAAAAAAAAAAAAAAAAAAAACUAUAAAACUUUUUAAAUAAAAAAAAAAUAGAAAAAAAAAAAUCAUCUUUAUUUUUUUUUUUAAAUAUAUUUAUUAAUAUAUUUAUUUUUUAAAAU